UUCUCCCCCGGGGACUUGGAUGUGGAGAGCGCAGGCUGGGAUCCCUGCAGCCGCGAGGCCAGAAGCGCUUUGCCGCUCCCUUUUCCGGGAGACACCCGACCGACCCACGGCAUGGUGUCUCCAGGUUCGUGGCUUCUCGUGGGAGGACUGUGGUGGUGGGAAGGAUCCCAUCGUACUCCGGAGUCUCUCCAUAGCCCCGGACCCCAUCACCAUCCCAGGGAACGUGAAAGUCAGCGCAAGUGUCACCAGCUCAACUCUCAUGACCUCGCCUCUGAAGGGGGUCGUAACUGUGGAGAGAAAGGUGGCCGAGAUAUGGAUACAGAUCCCCUGCAUCGACCAGAUGGGCAGCUGCACAUACGACAACCUCUGCAGCAUCCUGGAUGACAUUAUCCCCCCCGGCGAGCCAUGCCCGGAGCCCCUGGUCACCUACGGCAUCCCCUGCCACUGCCCCUUCAAAGCAGGCUCCUACUCCCUGCCCACCAGUGACUUCGCCUUGCCCGACAUAGAGCUGCCCUCGUGGCUGACCAACGGCGACUACCGCAUCCGGGGCGUCGUGAGCUACGGUGGCAAGGAGCUCUCCUGCGUCCAGCUGGAGCUAUCCGUCCACUCCAACUGAGGGCGGGCGGCCGCAGCUGACCCUGAGCUGUCUCCCCUGCUGCUGCUACCAUCCCUCCUUCCUGCUCCCUGUCCCUGGAGACAUGCUGGGGGUGGUGGGCAGCUGCCCUGCUGUCAGUCCGAGCCACCUUGUGCACCCCAUGCCGUAGGGCAAAGUGUCCUGCCUCCCCGUCCCCUGGGGUGCCGGCCAGCGGUGCCCCAUUCAGCUCCCUGUACCAGCUUCGGGCCUCACCCAGGGUCCCCUGAAGUCAGUAGAAAGACCUAGGACAGACCCCUCCAUUUCAGAGGACUUUGGACCAGGCUCUUGAAUCCCAGUGGGGUGGGCAGCCAGGCUCUUCCCACCCUGCCGCCUCUGGCCCGCGGAGAUCUGCUGACUCCUAAUCCCAUGCACGAGGCUUCCCAGGCACGGAGCUACUUUCCAGGUCACCCCCCCAGCCUCCCACCAGAGCAAAGGCAGCUGUAAGGAGGCCUGAUGAAGUAGACACCCCGCGCCUACUUGCAAUUAAACUGCUUUCCUAACACUAAACACUGCAUGCAUCUUCCUCCUCCCUCCAGCCAGGAAUAGCAGCAGCCAUCCAGCUUGCUGAAGUAAAACAAAAUGGGUCUUCAGACCCCUUCAUGCACUUUAGCGGAAGCUGGGCCGAGCAUUAUAAUAGUCGUUCUUAAUGGAUAAAUCGGGGAGACAGGCCAUGCUCGGGGCCUGCAGGACCAGCAGCCAGUCUGUUUUGCGGCGGUCCUUCCUAUGAGUCAGCCGCAGCAUGGAGCCCGCGUCCCGGCCGGGA